AUGAGCGCGUACUGGAAGAAGGCAGGCAUCACCUAUGCAACGUAUUUGAAUGUCACUGCAAAGACUCUGCGCUCCGCGCUGAAGAACGAACUCCAGACACAAAAUGUGCUGAGUAGGGGAACUACGGAUGCUGCGUACACCGUGUACGAAAAGGGUACCCCGAAGGCGGACCCUCAACCUUUGCAAGAAACUUCAUAG